ACUUAUCACAAUCUCUUUUGCACAAUAUAAUGAUGGAACUGUCUGGUAGCUAUGAGUUUGAGUCAGGUGUUAUUGUACUCUGAGGGUAAUUAUAACAUGCUAAUACACAUCUGUUCCAGCCAGACAUCUGGAUAAAAAAAUCUAAAUGUGCAGAAAUAAAGUAAUUAUAGAGGGCGCUGAGACCGACAGAUUCACUCAUGGUCUUAAAAGGCCUCUGCACAGAUCUCAGCAUGUUCCUCUGACAAUGGAAGUCAAACUAACAGAAGCAGUGAUUUUCUCUCUCCUUCUUACUCUCAAGGUAUUCUCUGCAGAGAGGAAUGAUGAGGCUCCCAUUUCCUGGCCCGAUCAAAGGGCAAUUCCCACGGGAGACUACCUGGAGAAGGGGAGAGGAGAGGUGCAGAGAUUUGACAGACAAGAGCAGCAUUCUGGGCAAUCUGAACAUGUUAUUCACACACUGCUGAUCAUGAACGAUGCAGCUGAGAUAGACAUCAACCGUGACGAGUCUCCAUGUAAGGUCAUAUCAGUCAUGGACGACACCCCAAACCCUCAUGUUCAGACUCAACCAACCCCAACCGGAGUUACCACCAGCAGCCCACACCUGGACAAUAACAAAAACAAGGGAAAGGCAAAGGGAGCUCCUCAACAUCAGGUUCCAGUUGUCCCAUACCUACCCAUCAGGCCUGGUGCCCCCAACAUAAAUGGCUUCCCUCCUGCACCACCAAUGUUCUUUGUCCCUCAGAGAGCUGCAGCACGCCAUCCCCACCCCAUGAGCUGGUUUCCCAGAGGUUAUGGAAGUGUGCUCAACUACCUCAUGCCCCCGUCUGUAUUCUCAGCCUAUGUCCGGGCUUUGCAUGGAGGUUCAUCUGAAGAGAAUUCUCUGAGUGACUGAAGUAUCGGGUUCCUAAGCCCAUUUAUAAAUAGAAUGGGGGGUGUCCGUUCUAUAGAUUCUAUUUCUAUGCCUGAGAGUUUCUGGUCUAAGUCUCCAUUACUGUCCCAGACAAGAGAUCGGUAGAGGCUGAUAUGAUCAGUGCCAUUGUGUGCUGAAUCUGCUAUGCGGAAGUGUUGAUAAGCAUCAUGUUUUUAUCUUUUUAAUCACUCACAGCAUCAUGCGUAUAUGCUUUCAUAAACAGUCUUUGAGUUGUUUUGGACUGCAGUGCUCAACCAUUUAAUUACACUAAAUUAAUACGUUUAAAAUGUUACCUUCAGAAUCACGAUGCUUGCACAAUACAAAUUACACCCUGCAUUGCAAAGAAAGCCAUUUUCGACAAGUGCAACUUUAAAUCAAGCCAGAAUGAACAAUGAUUCAUGGAUUCAUUAUCUGAGAGUUUCAUGCCUGUGUCACAAAUACGCAGACCUGUGUGGUCAACCUCAGCUGCCUUUGCGAUCAACACAAGGCAGUUAGUUACCACAGGAGCUGGAACUAGGUGGUGUUCAUUAUGCACCAAACUGGAAGAAAAAAAAGGGACUGAAACAGGAAGGGACUGCCAAUAAGAAACCUUUCAUUAGAAAUCAGAAGUGCGGUUAAGGUUAGGUUUGUAAUAAUACUUUAAAAAGAGAAAUUGAAGAAACAGAUGGGGUUUAACAAGAAUUAUGACUGGCUGUGGUAACUACACUGAACAAAAAUAUAAACGCAACAUGCAACAAUUUCAAAGUUACAGUUCAUAUAAGGAAAUCAGUAAAUUCAAACAAAUUAAUUAGGCCUAAUCAAUGGAUUUUACAACUGGGCAGGGGCGCAGCCAUGGGUGUGCCUGGGAGGGCAUAGGCCCACCCACUGGGGACCCAGGUGAAGAAGCCGGAUGUGGAGGUUCUGGGCUGGCGUGGAUACACGUGGUCUGUGGUUGUGAGACCGGUUGGACAUACUGCCAAAUUCUCUAAAACGUUGGAGGCGGCUUAUGGUAAAGAAAUUAACAUUCAAUUAUCUGGCAACAGCUCUGGUGGACAUUCCUGCAGUCAGAUUGCCAAUUGUACACUCCCUCAAAACUUGAGACAUUUAUUGCAUUAUGUUCAGUAAAAAAACUGCACAAUUUUGUGGCCUUUUAUUGUCCCCAGCAAAAGGUGCACCUGUGUAAUGACCAUGCUGUUUAAUCAGCUUCUUGAUAUGCCACACCUGUCAGGUGGAUGGAGAAAUGCUCACUAACAGGAAUGUAAAGAAAUGUAUGUACAACAUUUGAGAUAAGCUUUUUGUGCACAUGGAACAUUUCUGGGAUCUUUUAUUUCAGCUCAUGAAACAUGGGACCAACACUUUACAUGUUGAGUUUAUAUUUUUGUUCUUUAUAGUUGAGGCCCACGUUACUUCUGGCUUUGUUGAUAUUCUCAAGUAGGAUCCAACAUCUUGGGGCAUUUCCAACUUCUUUGUCUUUUCUGACAUUUGGUUGACUGCUGUGCCCCUUAAAACAUGACAACCGUGAUGACUGGUGCAGAUAUCAGUAGUUUAUUGUAUGUUAAGUCCAAACACAUUCAAAAUGGAAAACUAAAACAAAUUUGCUCCAUCUGCAACACAUUUUUUUGUUUCUACUAGCAAACAAGUAGAAGGUAAACACAGUAAAUUAAGAUGGCAACCAACUGACUGCUUAGCGUACCACACUUGCUAAAGCCAGGAAGGAAAUCCUAUUCCACUGAAAAGAGGACUGGAAUGAUAUACAUUUAAAUCCACUCUACAGCAUUUUUCAACAGUGGAAAAAGUUUACAGCCUUUGCUUUAGGGGGUCCUUUGAAACUUGAGGGUAGAGAUGGGGGUUUCACUGAAAUUUCAAAGCAAAACAAAUAAAAGUACAAAUCUGCUCC